GCAGAGGCACCAGCAGCGAAACCCUACCGAGAAAACGGUUGAGAAGCACCAUCAUCAUCCUCGCGCACCAGUAGCAAAACCGAAAUAGAACCCCCCCCACCACCAAAAAAAACGAUGACGUUCUCAACGGUUCUUCAAAAACAAACCAUUAUUUAACCCCCCCUUAAAAAAACUUCUGACAACCGAUUACAGUCCGUUAGACGCUCCUGGCUGUAAACACGCCCAUCGACUGUCCUCCUGCUCAGUAACCAUGAUGCUUAGCAGCUCUGUCGAGGUGCCCAGUCCGGUCCACGGUGGCAUGUCCGGUCUCUCCGGGAUGAGGGUGGCAGUGGUGGGGAACGUUGUCCGGUCCUCCAGUAUCUCGGGAGCCAUGUACAGCCUGGAGAAGAGUCCCGGGAGUGGCGGUCGUCCGGGAGAGGUGGGGACGCUGGCCGGAAACAAGAAGAGACGCUCAAGCCUUGGAGCCAAGAUGGUGGCCAUCGUGGGGCUGUCGCAGUGGAGCAAGAGCACUCUGCAGCUCAAUCAGCAAGAAGAACGAGCGAAGAAGUUACGCAGUACGAUCAGACGGAGCACGGAGACGGGCAUCGCUGUGGAGAUGAGAAACCGAGUCACGCGACAGGGUAGCAAGGACUCCACCGACGGUAGCACCAACUCCAACAGCUCAGACGGAACGUUUAUCUUCCCCCCUACUCGUAUGGGUCCAGAGAGCCAGUUUAGUGACUUCCUGGAUGGACUAGGCCCCGCCCAGAUCGUAGGCCGACAGACACUAGCCACUCCCUCCAUGGGUGACGUCCAUGUGGGUAUGGUGGACAGAGGAGGCCAGCUAGAGGUGGAGAUCAACCAGGCCAGAGGACUGACCCCUAAACCAGGAUCAAAGAACAUCCCAGCAACCUAUGUAAAGGUGUAUGUGUUGGAGAAUGGGGCAUGUCUGGCUAAGAAGAAGACCAGAGUGGUGAAGAAGACUCUAGACCCCUCCUACCAACAGGCCCUGCUGUUUGAAGAGAGUCCUCAGGCCAAAGUCCUACAGGUGAUUGUGUGGGGUGACUAUGGGAGGAUGGACCACAAGUGUUUCAUGGGCAUGGCUCAGAUCAUGCUGGAUGAGUUGGACCUUGGCGCCACGGUGAGCGGAUGGUACAAGCUGUUCCCCACCUCGUCUCUGGCUGACCCCAGCAUCGGACCCCUCACACGGCAACUGUCCCAGUCCUCACUGGAGAGCUGUGCCACCAGCCCCUCCUGUACCUAGACAGAGAGAACUAUAUACUCACACUCACACACACACACACACUCAUCAUGCAGAUAUGUUAUACACACAGAAACGCAGUCAGACGUGUUUACAUGCAGGCUUCUGCAUACACACGUGCCCAUCCAUAAACCCCUGCCACACACACACACACACACACUCCAACACGCUGAUCCUCAGAUCCAUCCCCAUAACUACGUCAGAUAACAUGAUUUACCAGAACAUAGCAUUAUAGUAGCGUUACUUACUGCCCAAUAUCCCUGUCCCCUGUCCCCUGCCCCCUUCCCCCUACCCCCCU